AUGAAUCUCAGUUCCCAGGAAGUUCUAUUUCAAAGUCUUAUGACAGAUGAUGAGUACAUAGUAUUUGAAGGGUUGAUGAGUCUCAUUCGUUCGUGUUUAGCGUUGCUUGGGAUUGUGGGAAAUACCAUCAACGUCUUGACGUUUAUUUCCAUGGGGAUCAAAGACGGAGUCACGACGUCAUUUAUGUUGUUGGCAUUGUCCGACGCUUCGUAUCUGGUCACUGUCAUUGCCAGAGCUGCAGCCUUUGCAUUCAUGGUGUCUGAAAUAUUGUCAGAUUAUCAAACGUGGUACCCGGUGGAGCCCUAUGGGGUGUACAAGUUUUCCGGCCAUUCAGGCAGAAUUCCUUAUAUCCUUUCAAACCUGAUCACGACCCUAGUUUCGGUCACGAGGUGUCUUUGUGUGGCCUGGCCAAUAAGAUUCAAAUAUACCUUUAGCAGAAAACUCGCCCUGGCUUUGGUCUUUUUGUUUACUAUGUUUGCUGUGGUGACAUUUUUUCCAGUCCUGCUUUUCAUGGGUAUGACUUGGCAGUUUGACCCUAGGCUGAACACCUCCAGACCUGCUUUGUGGAUGUCUCCUCUGAGGGAACAAGUCAAGGACGUGGUCUGGACUGGGAGAGACGCUCUCUUGCCUUUCAUCACACAGGUCAUCAUGAUAACUUGCGUGGUAAUCAUGAACAAACAUCUUAAAUCAUCUUACCGAUUUCGACAUCGUGAUGAUAAUCAUACGUCAAAAAACACCUUGUCUCCAGCAUCGCUCUCUGUUAGGAAGAAGACUUUUCAGCAACCUAAACAUCCGAAACCUGAGCUUACUGGGAAAGACUUGCAGGUCUUGCACCAAGUGCUGCUUAUUACCAGCGUGUACAUCGUCUGCAACACUCCGACCAUUCUUAUCAACAUCACCAGCUUGCUGGAGCGGAAACUCUCUAUAGACCUCUACUACCGAAACAUCUAUUUGUCAGUGACAGGAUGCAAACAUCUGUUUCAAACCAUCAACUCCAGUUUUAGUGUACUCGUCUACUACAAGUACAGCUCGAGAUACAGACAGCAUUCAAUCCUCAAUUGA